AUGGCCGCCCCCGAUUUCUCCGACAUCAGCAAGCCCCUCGACGGUCGCAUCGGCGUCCAGAGAGUCGUUGCCCUGCCUCUCCCCGCCUACGGUGACCUGAGCAAGGCCGCCAACGACCUUAUCAACAAGGACUUUUACCACACACAGGCUGCCAACCUUGAGGUCAAGCUCAAGGCUCCCAAUGGCGCCAACGUCACCGUCAAGGGCAAGCAGGCCUUCGACGGUGCCACCACUGCCUCUCUCGAGGGCAAAUACACUCUCAAGCCCCAGGGUACGCACUUCUUACAAAUGAGCCGCCUCUUCUUCCCGCUGCCCGUCUCUGCGCGCCAGCCGCUGUACCUCAUGAUUGUCAGCGCCCCUGUUGCUCAGAAGACCCGCACAUCCGACGAAUCGCGCUCGCUCUCACCACAACAUCAUGUCUAUCUUACUUACCGAUACAAACCAGGUAUCACCGUUACCCAGGGCUGGACCACCGCCGCCCUCCUCGACACCAAGGUUGAGUUCGCCAGCCUCAUGUCGCAGCCCGUCAAGGCCGAGUUCCAGAACCUCUUCAACCCCAACGCCCCCAGCAAGGCCGCCCAGAAGCUCAACUUGACCUUCAAGCAGCCCAACCUCCACGCCCGCGCUUUCCUCGACCACAGCGCUGCUGGCAACAUCAACGCUCUCAUCGACGCCACCGUCGGCCAUGAGGGUUUCGUUGCCGGUGCUGAGGCUGGCUACGACGUCUCCAAGGCCGCCAUCACCCGCUACAGCGCUGGUCUCGGCUACCAGGCCCCUACCUUCACCGCCUCGCUCAUUGCCAUGCAGAACCUGAGCGUUCUUGCCGCUUCUUACUACCAGAAGGUCAACUCCAACGUCGAGGCUGGUGCUAAGGCCACCUACGAUCUCCAGGGCGGUAAGAGCGUCGGUCUUGAGGUUGCCUCCAAGUACAAGCUCGACCCCCUGUCCUUCGCCAAGGCCAAGAUCAACGACCGUGGUAUUGCUGCCCUUGCCUACAACACCAAGCUCAACGCUGGCACCACCUUCGGUGUCGGUCUCUCGCUCGACACCAACAAGCUCAACGAGGCUGGCCACAAGAUCGGCACCAGCUUCGUCUUCGAGGGUUAA